GCUCGCUGCCGGGGUAACAGAGUUUUGGGGUUGUACGGAAUGUUGCCGGUGGAGUAGGAACUCCCGCCAUUUUUCAAUCAGGUGUAAAACUCUCUUGUUUAUUUUGUAUUAGAUACAUUUAGCAACAAGUAACUUCACUAAAAAGUGUCAGAUUCGCGGACACUUCUGGAUGAGCUGACAGCCGCUUCUGUUCUGGAAGAGGCUGAGCCUACGUAGACCUGAGGAGAAAGCGCGCCAGACCCCCUGACGGGCGCCUCUGCUGUCCCCGCGAAUUUAACAAUUUAGAAAGCCUUGCUUUCCCUACCCGGCGUUUGAGGGAAGUUUCCGCGGAACAGCAGACCACCUGAAGACUGGCGCCUUGCCGUAUUUCAUCCCGAAACAACGUGGAAUAGCAGAAUUAUGACACAGACAUUGGUCCCUCAAAGUGGAAGAACGAGGAGGAGAUGUAACUGUUAGCUGUAUUAUUGUUUUGCUCCAGAGAUCAAGCGCGCUAGCAUGCUAGCCUAGCUGGAUGCUAGUAACACAGUGAAUGCUUUGGAAACGUGGGAAGCGACUUCUGAUAACGUGGGAUUCUGGAAUACAUGCUAAGUUUGUACAUCGUAUUCGUGGCGAGUUUUGAGCACAAGACGGGUUUAUUUCUCGAGUUCCCACAGCUGUCGUCUCUUGCCCACGAUGGCACCGUUGUUGGGCCGGAAACCCUACCCGCUGGUUAAGCCGCUUGCGGAGCCGCUGGGCCCAGAAGAAAACGUCUACAUCAUCGAGCACACUAAAGAGGCCUUCAGGAACAAAGAAGAGUACGAGGCGCGUCUGCAGAAGUAUGAUGAGCGCAUCUGGACCUGCAAGAGCACUGGCAGCCUCCAGCUCACACACAAGGAGGCCUGGGAGGAGGAGCAGGAGGUCACAGAGCUGCUUCAGGAGGAGUACCAGAGCUGGUUUGAGAAGCCCGUGCUGGAGAUCGUGCACCACAACACAGUGUCUCUGGACAAGCUGGUGGACCUGGUCUGGGUGGAGAUCCUCACAAAGUAUGCCGUAGGAGAGGAGUGCGACUUCCUGGUGGGGAAGGACAAGACAUUCCGGGUGACGGUGAUGAAGGUCCACCCGCUGGAGACUCCUCCAGAGGAGGCCGGGGAGAAGAAGAUGGAGGGGGCGUGCGACUCGCCCUCCAGUGACAAGGAGAAUGCCAGCCAGGAGAACCAGAAGAAGGAGCCCCCUCCCGUGGUCAUGGCCAAGGAGGAGGAGAGCCGCCGCGAACGACUCAGUGAUCGAGCCAGGCGGUCUCCACGUAAGCCUGUCACCGCUCCGAAGGAAGAGAAGAAGAAAUGGGUGAUGCCUAAGUUCCUGCCUCACAAGUACGACGUCAAACUGGUCAGCGAAGACAAGAUCAUCAGCGACGUGCCUACCGACAGCCUGUUCCGCACGGAGCGGCCACCCACCAAGGAGAUCAUGCGCUACUUCAUCCGGCACAACUCCCUGCGCGUGGGCCAGGGCGAGAACGCCCCCUGGGUGGUGGAGGACGAGCUGGUGAAGAAGUUCAGCCUGCCCAGCAAGUUCAGCGACUUCCUGCUCUCGCCACACAAGUUUUUGGCAGAGAACCCCUCGUCCAAGCGCAAGAGCCUAAGCUCCCCGGACGGCAAGCCCGCCAAGAAGCAGAAGACCGCCGAGUCGGGGGCCGAGACGGAUGGGACCGGAGAGAAGAAGGAGAAAGGCGAAAAGGAGGAGAAGAAGAAAAAGAAGAAGAAGAAAGAUUCCCUCCCCAUGCCCCUCAGCCCUACCAUUUGGGGCCAAAUGCAGAAAAAGGUGAACGGGUCUCCGCAAAAGAAGGUGAACGGCUCGCCGCUGAAAGUGAAGAACUCCGCCUCGCCCAAAGCAGGGGGCGGCAGCGUACCGGGCACCCCAGAAUCCUCCAAGAAACACAGCGGCGGCAGCGGCAGCGACAAGAAAGCCCUGAAGCUCAAGCUGAACGCCGACGGCAAGAAAGUCAAGCUGAACGCCGACGGCAGCGUGAAGAAGCGCGAGCGCAAGAAGUCGGUCAACGGCCAGAAGGCCUCCAAGACCAAAGGCGGCGACAAGUCCGGCGACGGCAAGAAGCCCAAGAUGAAACAGAUGACGCUACUGCAACUCGCCAAGAGUCCCAAAGCCGUGGCGGCCGCCGCCGCCGCCGCCGCAAAGGGAAGCCCCAAGAAACGCGGCCGCGCCCCGUCCACCCCGAAGCUGGCCAAGCCGCUGCCGCCCAUCGCCCUCCACCUCAUCCGCUACUACAACCAGAACAAGGAGCGCGAGGACCGCAAGAACGCCAUUUCCUCGCUGUUGUCCAAGGCGGCCAACGCGCUGUCGGCGGACGACCGGGGCCGCCUGGUGCCCGAGGAGCUGCGCGACAUGGUGCUGAAGCGCUGGGAGCUGCUGGAGAGCAAGAGGAAGUGGAAGGCCAUGAGCGAGGAGGAGCGACACGCCGAGCUGCUGCGCCGCCGCGAGGAGCUCAAGAACAAGAUGCGGGAGCGUGCCAAGGAGCGCCGCGAGAAGGAGAUGCAGGUGCGCCGCGAGCAGCAGCGCCGCUUCGAGGACCAGGAGCUCGAGGGCCGGGCGCUGCCCGCCUUCCGGCCCGUGGAGACGCCCGAGGGACUGCCCAACGAGCUGUUUGGCGACGUGGCCAUGCUGUCCGACUUCCUCAGCUGCUACGCAGGCCUCCUCAUGCCCGACGAGCAGUACCCGAUCACCGCCGCCGCCCUGCUGGAGGCCCUGGGAAGCGACAGCGCCGGCUUCCUGUACCUCAGCCGCGUGCUGGUGGUGCUGCUGCAGACGCUGCUCCAGGACGAGCUGGCCGAGGGCUACAACGAGCUGGACAUGCCGCUCUCCGAGAUCCCCCUCACCAUGCACUCCGCCUCGGAGCUGGUGCGGCUGUGUCUGAGGCCCAGCGACCACCAGGACCAGGACAGUGCCAAGGGCUCGGAUGAGGAUCCGGCAGGAGCAGCGGGGCCUGGGAGGGGUGCACCCGGUGCGGGAUCUGGACCUCUGGGGCCUUAUGGUAUUGAUGAAGUGGUGUCCGCCGAGCUCCUGGAGAAGCUGGAGACUCAGGAGGUCUUCGACCUACCGCCGCCAGACAAGCUUGCCCUGCUGGUGGCGCUGUCCCACCGCAUCCUGAUGACGUACUCGGUGGAGGACCACGUGGACGCCAUGCAUCAGCGCUCGGUGGAGCUGUGGAAGGAGCGCCUCGCCACGCUCAAGCAGGCCAACGACCGCAAGCGCGCCGAGAAGAAGCGACGCAAGGAGCAGAUGGAGGCCAAGGGACAAGGUCAGCCUCAAGGUCAGCCUCAAGGUCAGCCUCAAGGUCAGCCUCAAGAUGGUGGUGUCCAGAGUCCUGCUGGGUUGGUGAAGAUGGAGGGGGGCAUUGGUGCCGGAGGAGACUCGCCACAGCUGAAGGAGAAGCCAUCAGACAAGAAGAAGGACGGAGGAGGCAGUGCUAAGAAGGAUGCAGCCAAGGUGAAGGCGGAGGCUGAGAAGGUGAAGGCGGAGGCGGAGGCGGCGGAGGCGGCGGAAGAGGACAUGAUCAGCACGGUGAAGAGCAGACGCCUCAUGUCCAUCCAGGCCAAGAAGGAGAAGGAGGAGCAGGACCGCCUCAACAAAGAGCGCAUGGAGCGCGAGGCGGAGGAGGAGCGAAUCAGGAAGCAGCGUGUGGCGGCCGAGAAGGCGUUCCACGACGGCAUCGCCAAGGCCAAGCUGGUCAUGAGGAGGGCACCGCUGGGUACCGACCGCAACCACAGCCGGUACUGGCUGUUUUCAGAUGUGGUGCCGGGUCUGUACAUCGAGAAGGGCUGGGUACAUGAGAGCAUCGACUACAGCUUCACGCUGCCCCCAGAGGAGAUGGCCCAGGAUGAGGACGAAGACAUGGAGGACCAGGAUGCAGACGCUGACGGUGAGAAGGAUGAAGAGAAUGGCGAGAGCUCGCUGAACGAGAGCGCCCAGCAGGGGGCACCAGCGCUCCCUGAACCCAUGAUGGAGACCAGCGUCCCUAAACAGGGGCAGAAUUUAUGGUUCGUGUGUGACACGGUGCGAGAGUUCGAGGAGCUGAUGGAGAAUUUGCAUGCGCAGGGUGUGAGGGAGAGUGACCUGAAGAAUCGGCUACAGGAACGGUCCCAGGACAUCCUCCAUUCCCUCCACCUGGUGCGCAAGGCCCCGGGGCUGCGGACGUGCGACGGCCACCAGGAGCUGCUCAAGUACAUGCGCAGCGACAUCCUGGAGGUGGCCUCGCGCCUGCAGAAGGGCGGCCUGGGCUACAUGGACGACACCAGCGACUUCGAGGAGAAGGUGAAGUCGCUGGAGAGCUUGAAGGAGUUUGGCGAUUGCGUGAUCACGCUGCAGGAGAGCGUGAUCCAGAAGUUCCUGCAGGGCUUCAUGGCCCCCAAACAGAAGAAGAAGAAGAAGCUGGCGGAGGGCGAGAGCAGCAGCAGCGUCAAGGCAGAGGAGGUGGACGAGGAGAAGAGGCUGGCAGAGGAGGCACGGGUGGCGACGCGUGUGGAGAAGUGGAAGGCGGCCAUCCGAGAGGCGCAGACCUUCUCACGCAUGCACGUGCUGCUGGGGAUGCUGGACGCCUGCAUCAAGUGGGACAUGUCUGCAGAGAACGCCCGCUGCAAAGUCUGCCGCAGGAAAGGAGAGGACGACAAGCUCAUCCUGUGUGACGAGUGUAACAAGGCGUUCCAUCUCUUCUGCCUGCGGCCGGCCAUCAAAAGCAUCCCGGCUGGAGAGUGGCUGUGUCCCGCCUGCCAGCCCUCUGUGGCCCGCCGCUGCACCAGAGGACGAAACUACAACGAGGACAGCGACGAGGAGGAGGAUUCCGAGGAAGAAAAGGAAAAGUACUCUGAUGAGGAUGAAGAUGAUGGUGAUGAUGAGGACGACACCGACUACAGAGCCUACCACACCCUGCGGCCUCGAAAGAAAGCCAAGAAGUCGUCAAAGAGCUCCAAGAGCCAGGCGAAAUCCUCCUCGAAGAAGCAGACGACACCCAGCAACAAGGCCAGCUCCAGCAAGUCCAAGAGCACCAGCAGCCCAGCUGACAUUGAUGAACUGGUGCGUCAGAGCUCCCGAGGUGGCCCCCGCAAGACGACUCUGGAGAUGGAGAAGUGUGACGAGAUCCUCCAGAAACUCAUGAAGUUCCGAUACAGCUGGCCGUUCAGAGAGCCGGUGUCCGUGGAGGAGGCGGAGGACUACCUGGAGGUGAUCAGCCAGCCCAUGGACCUGAGCAGCAUGGCGGCCAAGCUGAGCGAGGGCGGCUACCGCACGCCGCACGACUUCGUGGAGGACAUGAAGCUGGUCUUCUCCAACUCGGAGGAGUACAACCAGCCCGGCAGCUCCGUGCUGAACUGCGGUACGCGCACCGAGCAGGCCUUCCAGGAGCUGCUGCAGAAACACCUGCCCGGCGUGAGUUACCUGCGCCGACGCGUACGCAAGCGCGCCAGCCUGGCCAAGCAGCAAGAGGAAGAAGAAGAAGAAGAGGAGGAGGAGGAGGAGGAGGAAGACGGGGGCGAGGAGGAGGAAGAUGAGCAGGAAGAGGAAGAAGAAGAAGAGGAGGUGGUGGUGGAGAAGGGCAGAGGGAAGAGAGGUUUGCAAAAUGGCAAGGCUCCUUCAUCUUCCACGAAGAAGAGAGGCAGACCCAGAAAGGUAGCGAGCGAAGAAGAAGAGGAGGAGGAGGAGGAGGAGGAGGAUGGGGGUAAGAGGAGGAGCAAUAGGGGCGCGGGGAGAAAGGACUACCGCGAACGGGCGGAGGAUGAGGACGAGGGUAGCGGCAAGGCCAGUAGAACUCGAGGGGCGCGCAAAGUUGCCAAUGGCGACGAAGAGAGCGGCCAGCGACAUUCCAAGCGACAAAAACGCUCUUCGUGAGGCCCCAAGGUGCCCCAUCUUAUAUUGAUAUUACAACAUUUUUUUUCUUUUUUCCUGUGCUCUUUGUAAACAAAUUCCCCCACCACACCACUUCCAUACCUCGCCCCUAUCGGCUCCCAACUACCCCAGCCCUAAAAAAAAGUCAAAUUUGGAUUCCUAAAACCCUCCCAACACCGAUUCCACCACCAUUGACCUCAGCGAUUGGACUUGAAUCUCUUUCUCUCCAUCUGUUGUAGAUUUCUUUUUUUUUUUCGUUAUUGUUCCCAAUUCCUUGUAUUAUUUUUGUGCUUUCAGGGAGGUUUCUGUUGAUAUUUUGACAAAGAAAAAAACUGAUUUAUAUUUGUAAUGGCGUUUAUUAUCAGUGACUUUUUUUCAACUGAGGAAGUAAAUUUCCUGAAGGAAAAAAAAAACUAAAAGAAAAAAACCCUAAAAUUCGAAAGUGAUCUCAUUGAGCUCUUAUAUUAAAAAAAAUAAGGUUUUGUUUUGUUCAGUUGGUUUUGAUUUUAUCCCUUGUUAAACCUCACUCUCGACUCUCCUGUUCAAAUACCUCCUGUGAUGGCUUUUGCAGUCUCCUGUGAUUGGUUCUCACUUUCGUUUUAGCUUUUUCCUCUUUCUUUCACCCCUCUUUUCUGCGUUCCAUCACCGUUAUUGGGUGCCGGGCAAAGAAUCUUGACCAGGAAUUGUGACCGGUGAAUGGGCACCAAACCACCAGUUUUUAACACCCGUAUAGAAAGAGUCUCCAGAACCACCACUGCUUGAAGAACCAAACUGCACUUCUCAGGUUAAGCUUGACGUGGUUCUGAUUGACUCCAAUCCAAAUUCAUCUCCCCCCACCCCCCUUUGAAAAUCCUACAAUGUAGGCCUUUUGCCCAUUGUUCAUUAAUCCAUGUUGUUAGAAAGCGGUGGAUCAUAACAGUGGUCAGUCUUUUUAAGUAUGCAAUAUCAGUCUGCGCUUAAACAGUCUUUGGUGUUUUAUUUUGUUUUUCUUUUCUUUUUGAUUCUUUUCUCUCUUUUUUGACAAUAAAGACACAAUGAGUAUCUUU